AAACUUGUUAAAGAUUAACCCUUCGCUUGUUUCGUUCUUAAUUUUUCCAUAAUAAUCCAAUCUCACAAGAACUGGAAGCAGCAACACCUCCUUCCUCCUUCACCUUUCUCUCAGAUCCGUCCUCUUCAGCCUUCACCCAUUUCACCAAUUACCUCUAUUUCUCACCAAAUAAACCUCCCUCUUCUUUCUUAUAUUUAGGGUUCCCAAAACCCUAUCAAUAAUACACAAAACCCUAUCAAUAAUAACACGGCAAGAAGAAGAGGAGGCAGCAUCACAUCAUGGCGGAGCACCUUGCAUCGAUAUUCGGAACAGAGAAGGACCGCGUCAACUGUCCAUUCUAUUUCAAGAUCGGAGCGUGCCGCCACGGCGACCGCUGCUCCCGCCUCCACAACCGCCCUACGAUCUCCCCAACUCUCCUCCUCUCCAACAUGUACCAGCGCCCUGACAUGAUUACCCCCGGCGUCGACCCUAACGGCCAGCCUCUCGACCCUCGCAAGAUCCAGCAGCACUUCGAAGACUUCUACGAGGAUAUCUUCGAGGAGCUCUCGAAGUUCGGCCACAUCGAGUGCCUCAACGUCUGCGAUAAUCUUGCUGACCACAUGAUCGGAAACGUCUACGUCCAGUUCCGCGAGGAGGAUGAAGCCGCCGCCGCACUCGCCGCCCUGCACGGCAGGUUCUAUUCUGGUCGCCCUAUAAUUGCUGAUUUCUCACCUGUUACUGACUUUCGUGAGGCCACGUGUCGCCAGUUUGAGGAGAACAGCUGUAACCGUGGCGGUUACUGCAAUUUCAUGCAUGUUAAGUUGAUUGGUAGGGAGCUUAGGAGGAAGCUUUUUGGCCGGUACCGCGGCGGAGGAAGGUAUCAUAUUAGCCGCAGCCGAAGCAGGAGCCGGAGCAUUGUUGGUAUUAUUUUUGAAGUGGUUGUGAAUCUUGAUGAACCUAACAUUGUGUUUUUUAAUUUUAAGUUGCUUUGUGACUUGAGGAUAGGUGCUUAGGGGGAUUGGUUGUGCAGCUGGUGUUCUUGGGAUGUAGGAUUUGCAGUUCAAAAGAUUAACCAGAUUGGGGUUGAAUUGCCUCCUCACUAUAGGUGUAUAAAGGCAUGUUUUGAGGGAAGUGUUGUUGAUGAUUCCAAGUGUAAUACUACAAAUAUGGGACAACUAAGAUGGGCUAUUUAUGAUCUGUUGGGAUUUCUUAUUUCUGCCGCUUAGGCUAUAGUGGUGUUUGAGCUCUCCUAAUUCCUAGGCUGACCAGAUACAGCUUAGUCUUUGCCAUCAAUUUGGCUACUCUGAUUGCUUUAGGUUAAGCAUUGCAACCUAGUUUUCAUGGGCUUCUUGAGCGAAGGUAUCACAUAAGAAAAAAUUGUUGUUCACUCGUCAACAAGGAUGGCCACUAAUAGCCUAUGAUGUAGCAGUAGGUACCUGCAACCAAAAUCCAAAAAAAUGCCAGGGUGUAGAUUGAUACUUAGGAAUUGGCUGGAUGUUUGUUAUUUUAUGGGUAAUAGCAUUGCUUGCAUAAGUGUGCACUAUCCAUGGGGAAGAAGUUUGAGAUCAGCUUUAUUCAAAGUAGGAGUCCCUUCUUAGCAUAAGUGACAGAAUUUUUCAGGCAAUUCUCUUCUAGACUAUUUACAAACUCUUGAGUGAAUUUUGGUAUCCUCAAACAGGACUAAAUAGGCAUAGGCUUAUUGUGGAUAGUGAUUAGUGAAGUUCAUCCAGCAGGUCUAAAUACUCUAUACGAGAUUGCACAAAGUUUGGAGAUCCCUGUAAAAAUUCUCCGUGGAUUACGGCAAGAGCAGGCAUCAUGGGCAUUUCUUGGAAAAGGAACUCUUAAACAUUUGAAGAACGGAUUUAUACUUAUUCACCAUGUGUAGUGCAUUAUUGAUACAUGGAAUAACUGUUGUGCAUUUUUGCAUGUUCUUAAUGAGAACCUUUUUAAAGGAUCUGAGUAUGCAAGUGUACACUUCACAUUUACAUCUGAUUCUGCCUGUUGGGGCAUACAUUAUUAAUGCUACAGUUUGGUUAAACGGUUAAAGGUUAGUUGCCUAGUUUUAAUGUGGUUUCUAAUGUUACAGACUUAGGGAUCUAUGUGGUCGUUUUUAAUUGAAAGACCAUUGGGAAUGGCUUCAGUUUCUUGGCUUGUAGUCAGUUGUAAUAUAAGCAAAAUAUAAAAUAUGAUUGGAAGACUCUUGUAUUGUUUGGAAUUGUUUCAUGAGUUUUUGAUAUC